AUGCUGGUGCCCGUUCCAGGAAUCGAGGAAGCGGCGCUGUGCAACCCGAAGCCGGGUCUGAUGCGGCCGUAUGGGUGGCCGUUUUUGGCGCUGUACCCUGCGUUCUUCUACAUAUACCUUUUCAGAUACGACGAGUACAUUGGGGCGUCUGAGUGGACGACAGUGUUCAUUGGGGCGAUUAUCUCACUCCAGGCGCUGUUGUGGCUGAUGCCGUUCUGGAACGUCAGUCUUCGCGAGUCGUUCGAGACCGAUCCGGCUUCCAGUGUCGAGACGGCGUCUCAGAUUAAGGUCGUGCCUGCGUCGAACGCAGGUUCUCCUGACGUCUGUGAUCUGGUUCGCGACGAUGAUAACGUCGUUUCGUUCUUGUUCCAGAAGCGUCGCUACAUUUACGACAGUGAGACCCAGACGUUCCGUCCUCCCGUGUUUGCCGUCGACAAGGCCGGCGUUACCAUUGGCGAGAUGCAGAAACUUCCCGGCUUGACGUCCAAGGAUUUGCCGGCUCUUCAGCGCUCGUACGGACCCAACAAGUUUGAUAUCCCUGUCCCUACUUUUGGCGAGCUUUGGAAAGAACAUGCCGUCGCACCUUUCUUUGUGUUCCAGGUCUUUUGCAUCGCACUGUGGUUCUUGGACGAAAUGUGGAAGUACUCGCUGUUCUCGCUUUUCAUGCUGUUCACCUUCGAGUCUACUGUGGUUUGGCAACGCCAGCGUACUAUGACAGAGUUCCGCGGCAUGGGUGUCAAGCCCUAUCAAAUCAAUGUUUACCGCGACAAGAAAUGGAAAGAGAUUGAGACCACAGAGCUUUUGCCUGGCGACAUUGUCUCGGUUACUCGAACCCCUGAAGAGUCUGGUUUGCCAUGCGAUCUGCUGCUUUUGCACGGUAGCGCUAUCGUGAAUGAGGCUAUGCUUAGUGGUGAGUCUACUCCUCUGCUCAAGGAGAGCACAGAGACUCGUGAGGCUAACGAUGUUUUGGAACUUGAGGGUAUUGAUAAAAACAGUGUUUUGUUCGGUGGUACCAAAGUUUUGCAGGUAAGCACUGCUGCUCACGGCUCUAUCCCUGCCCCUCCUGACCAAGGUGCUUUGGCCGUUGCUAUUCGCACUGGCUUCGAAACCUCCCAAGGUUCCCUUGUUCGGGUGAUGAUCUUCUCCACUGAGCGCGUGGGCGCGGGAAACAAAGAGGCUUACUUCUUUAUUCUCUUCUUGCUUGUGUUUGCCAUUGCUGCUUCAGCUUAUGUAUGGACUGAAGGUGUCAAGGCUGACCGCAAACGCUCAAAGCUCUUGCUUGACGCUGUCUUGAUUAUCACCUCUGUUGUCCCUCCUGAGCUGCCUAUGGAGCUGACCCUUGCUGUCAACACCAGUUUGGCUGCUUUGUCAAAGUUCUACAUCUACUGUACCGAGCCUUUCCGCAUUCCAUUCGCUGGCCGAGUCGAUGUUUGCUGCUUCGAUAAAACCGGCACACUCACCGCCGAAGAUCUGUUGGUCGAAGGUGUAGCUGGUCUCAAGCCCAAUAAUGAGCUCAUGGAUAUCAAGCAAGUUCCUGAAAGUACCGCUUUUGCUCUCGCUGCUGCCCACGCUUUAGUCCAUUUGGAUGAUGGCGAAGUCGCUGGUGAUCCUAUGGAGAAAAGUACUUUGGCUGGUCUUAACUGGGAGGUUCUGCCCAAAGACCACGUCCGUAGUGUUGACAACCCCAGUUGCAAGUUGCAAAUCAUCAAGCGUUUCCAGUUUUCCUCUGCUCUCAAGCGUUCGUCCUCAGUUGCUAAGUUGAAUGACAAGCUUUUGGUUGCUGUCAAGGGUGCUCCCGAAACCAUUCAAAAGAUGUUGGUCAAGGUUCCCGCCGACUACGAGGAAACUUAUAAACACUUUACUCGUGAAGGCUCCCGAGUGCUUGCUUUUGGUUGUAAACAUUUGCCGCUUUCCCGCGCCAAGGAGAUUUAUCAUUAUCCCCGUGAUGAUGCUGAAUCUAAGCUCGAGUUUGCCGGUUUCUUGAUUUUCCACUGCCCUCUCAAGCCCGACGCUAUCGAAACUGUCAAGAUGCUUAACGAAUCGUCUCAUCGUGUAGUGAUGAUCACUGGUGAUAACCCGCUGACUGCAGUCAAGGUGGCUUCUGACGUUGGCAUCGUUGAGCGUCCUACCUUGAUUCUUGAUAAACCCGAGAAGGCUACCUCCUUGCUGUCGUGGCAAUCGAUCGAUGGUGAGACUGAACUGCCCUGCGAUGUUGACGAACCUGUUGCUUACGACUUGUUUGAAAAGUAUGAUCUCUGUGUCUCUGGCUAUGCGUUGAAUCUGUUGCAAAACAACGAACACAUUUCUGAUCUCAUCCGUCACACCUGGGUUUACGCCCGUGUUUCCCCCGCUCAGAAGGAGUUCAUUCUGAUUACCCUCAAGCGCGAAGGUUACAUGACGCUGAUGUGCGGUGAUGGCACCAACGAUGUUGGUGCUUUGAAGCAGGCUCACCUCGGUGUUGCCUUGCUCAAUGGUUCUGAGGAAGGUAUGAAGAAAAUGGCCGAGAAAAAUCUCAUUGAAAUGUCGAAGAAAAUGUACGAGAAGCAGGUGGAUAUGAUGCGUCGUUGGAACGCCAAACCACCAAAUGUUCCUUUAAAGAUCGCCCACUUGUACCCUCCGGGUCCCAAUAAUCCUUUCUAUAUUAAGGCGGUUGAGAAGAUGGGAGGUGAGAUUGAUGAAAAGACUCGUGCCGAGAUUGCUAGUUUGCAGGUUACUACGAAUCCUAGUGAAACUAAGGCGGCUGACCUGGCAGACAAGUUGACCUCGAUGAUGGAUGACAAUGAUAUGGAAGCGCCUGCUUUGAAGCUUGGUGAUGCCAGCGUUGCUGCACCUUUGACUUCCAAACUCGCCAACGUUUCCGCCGUCACCCACAUUAUUCGUCAGGGCCGCUGCACGCUGGUUGCCACGAUCCAAAUGUACAAGAUUCUUGCCCUGAACUGCCUGAUUGCUGCUUACUCUUUGUCUGUUUUGUACUUGGCCGGUAUCAAGUUUGGUGACGGCCAGAGCACCGUUUCUGGUUUGUUGUUGAGUGUCUGCUUUAUGUCUAUUUCUCGGGCCCGGGCCGUUGACAAGCUGUCCAAAGAGCGUCCUCAGCCGGGUAUUUUCAACAAGUACAUUAUGGGUUCGAUUCUGGGACAGUUUGCUGUACAUAUUGUCACUUUGAUCUAUGUGUCUGGUGAGGUUUACAAGAUUAAGCCCCGUGAAGACAACAUUGACCUUAAAGGCAAGUUUGAGCCUUCGUUGCUGAACACCGCUAUUUACUUGCUGCAGCUAAUUCAGCAGAUCUCUACUUUUGCUGUGAAUUAUCAAGGAAGACCCUUCCGUGAAGCUCUCCACGAGAACAAGGGCAUGUACUACGGCAUCCUCGGUGUUAUGGGCUUGGCGUUUGCUGGCGCAACUGAGUUUAUCCCUGAGAUGAAUGAGGCACUUAGUCUAGUCAAGAUGUCGUCUGGAUUCAAGGUCAUGCUUACCGUUGUUAUGGUGUUUGACUUUAUCGCCUGCUUUGCAAUCGAGUACGGUCUCAAGUUCCUGUACUCGGACUACAAGCCCAGCGAUAUCGCACUGCGUCUUGAAGAGCGCCAGUCAAUUGUUCAGAAACGCAACAGAAAGCUUUAA